AUGAAGAUCCCGCGCCACACGCCUCAGCCACCUCGCGUCUCGCGGCCGUCGCCUUCAUGCAAUGCCCAAUACCUCGCUCGAAACUCAUCGUAUGGCCUCGGCGACCUCAUUUUCGGAAUCUACGCGUCAAACGCUACUCAGGCAUGUUGUCAGAAAGGCCAAAUCGAGAGGCAGCUGCGCGCAAGACCCCACAAGAGUCCGGACGAGUCGGCGAACACCCGCACGCAGCGUAAACGGCGCGUGCUUGAGGGUCGGGGCGCAGACCGGAGAGCUCGGGGGAAAAACUACGAGCGCACGUCGCACACGGUAGUCUUGAGGCUACGGCCCAAGGCGGGCGAUGUUCAGCUGGCAAUAAGCGACAGCCCAAGCAUACAACGAGGACCGCAUAUCGGCCUCGAGUCUAAGUAUGUCCCGGACACGGAGAACUCGAGCUCAGGAGUCAAGACCGUUCAAGCCUUGGUACUGAUGCAAUGGUAG